CUACGGGGCGUGUCUGCUUUCCGUAUAUAUACAGGAGGGUUACAGGUAUCGUUGGUCAGUUACCCUUAGUCCCUUACAGCCGUAGUCGCAUUGACGAGUGUUCUCUGUUUUACCGUAGUGGGAAGCAGGCUGCCACUCCAGUUGUUUCAAUCAGCCCCUCUCGUAUCUUCUGCACUGUAAGGAUCCACGCGCUCUUGACAGGAUGGCGGGAUUCUUCCAGACGAUCUUAUUACUAAUAUCAGCGUCCGCAGCGGUGACUGCUAGCGGAACAGAGGCAUUAGUAGGAGACGCCCUCGGUAAAAUCAAGGAACUCGGUUGGCCAAGAUGUCUGAGCGGGUUGGAACUUCCCAAGAAACUGGCGGAGGCAUUCUCAUCCUGCGAGCCACAGAAUCUCAGGGAGAUCAGGAGUCGAAUGGACUCCAUUUCGAACCGGACUACAUUCUCCUCAAUUGAUGAAAUAAAAGCCAUGACGGAUCCAGUGUUCGCUGGAUGCGUAGUUCAGCGAAUGGAUUACGCCAGGCAAAACGGAUCCCUUGACAAAGGGAUGGUGAUGAAGGAUUUCGACGACAUCCAAACUCAUUACAUACUUAGGCUAUUCAGAGUUCGAGCGAUGGUGUCUCGUUGUUUGCAAGAGGCUCCUGGAGAUGAGGCUAACACGGAAUUCGCCCACUUGCUCAACUGCCUCCAGUCAGAGGCGAGUGAUUUUUGCGACCAACAAAAGGAAGUGCUUGCAGUGUUCCUGAACAACAAUGUACAACCUUCACGCUGCACAGCGUUGCAGAGUCAUCCGGAAAUGAAGCAGUUUCUUGAAACUUGCAAAGAUGACGAAACUGAGGAUGUCUCGAAGAGGCUGAGACGCAGUGCAGAUACGAGAAACAGCACAGUGCCGGAGAUGGCUCGUGUGGCAUUGUGCUUAGGAGGGAAAAUGGGUUACUACAACCGCACCAAAGGUUUCAGCUUCACAAAGCUCAACGAAGUAGUCAUGAGUCUAAGCGGAUGGAGUAAGCUUCCAGAGGACAUACGGACCAACCUCAAUCUUGCCCUGACCGAAUGCAGCAGCCAGGUUGGAGGAAGCACGAGAUCUUUCACCACUUGGUUCGAAUGGGAGAUGUGCAUCAGGCCUAAAAUCGUUGGCCUCUGUGGAUUUGGAAAUAACGUUACGGGCACCCUUUUACCACUCUUGGAAGAAGAGGCUACCACUUAUGCUUGGAAAUACGUCAGAAGUGCAGUCAAUCUAAAGUUGGACAUACCGCAGACAGAGAAACGACAGAGCAAAGGCACAAGAAGAAACGGGAGGUCUUUGGACAACUCCAAUUCCAAUGAGGGAUCCAACGAGUCCAAUGGAGCAGGAAGGCGCAGGAGGUCAUUAGACAACAAUUCCAACGAGGGAUCCAACGAGUCCAACGGAGCAGGAAGGCGCAGGAGGUCAUUAGACAACAAUUCCAACGAGGGAUCCAACGAGUCCAACGGAGCAGGAAGGCGUAGGAGGUCAUUAGACAACAAUUCCAACGAGGGAUCCAAUGAGUCCAAUGGAGCAGGAAGGCGUAGGAGGUCAUUAGACAACAAUUCCAACGAGGGAUCCAAUGAGUCCAAUGGAGCAGGAAGGCGUAAGAGGUCAUUAGACAACAAUUCCAACGAGGGAUCCAACGAGUCCAACGGAGCAGGAAAGUGACAGACAGAUGAAUCCAUCUGAGCCCAAUUCCUUGUAAUUCUUUAAUGAUAUAACAACCGGAUUUAAAAUAUAAUUUUUGACCGUUUUACUUUGUAAACUGACUUAAAAAAUGUCAUUCACUACCACUUUAUAAGCACAUAUCAUAAAUUGACUAAUAAUAUCAUUUGGAACUAUUGUAUGUCAUCAAUAGAUCUAUAAUGUCAUUUAUGUUUUUACCGCUCAACUACUAAAUCUUCACAUUAGUUUUCUUAAGAAAGAGAAACUUUCCUAAAUAAAAUUAAGAGUUAAAUCAUAGAUACUCUUCGCUAGUUGUUUAGCAGAUUAGAUAAUACAGUUAUAUGAUGAUGAGACAACUUUUGUUUAAAUCUGAUCUUUAUAUGCUCUGUAUUCCUCAAUG